GACUGGGACGGGUCUCCGCGCGGGAGAAGGCAGCCUAAGUAAGUAAUUACUAAUUGAUUACUAAUUAAAACUAAUUAGACUGGGACGGGUCCCCGCGCGGGAGGAGGCAGCCGCAGGGAGCCCGUCGUUAGUGAGUCCCCGCUGCUGACGAGUCGCCGAUGAGUAUCAGGCAGCUCGUGCUGUGGAACCCGCCGCUCAGCGCCCAGCCGACCUGCAUCCCGGAGGGGAAGGGCGUGCCGCAGCCAGAGGACGAGCAGCCGGAGGGCGGGAGGGGGCCGUCGCAGCCGCGGCGGGGGCGGGGGGCGGAGGGCGGCGGCGGCGGCGAGAGCGUGUGCGCGUACAACGAGGGCAGGCGCGGCGCGUCGGAGGGCGGCGGCGGCGGCGAGGGUAGGAGGGACGGCCACCGCAUGUCUCCCAACAUCGAGGGUGCCGUCCUGUUUGCCGAGCUGGUCCGGGCGGGCCUCAAGACGAUCUGCUUCUGCUCGGUGCGCAAGAUUUGCGAGCUGGUCCUCUCGUACGCGCAGCAGCACCUCCGCGCGAGCGACGAGCGCCUCGCGGGCAGCAUCACCGCCUACCGCGGCGGGCUCAACGCCACCGACCGGCGCCGGAUCGAGCGGCAGCUCUACGACGGCACCGUGCGCGGCGUGACGGCCACCUCCACCCUCGAGCUCGGCGUCGACAUCGCCGCGCUCGACGCCAUCGUGAUGGUCGGCUUCCCGGGCUCGUGGGUGGUCCGCCACCCCGCGCGCGUGCUCUCGAUGCCGCUCGAGGCUGCGGUGGUCGACAUCGACAACCACCACAUCCUGGGCAUGCACCUCCUCUGCGCGGCGGCGGAGGAGCCCCUCUCCGCCGCGGCGGGAGACCGAGAGCUGUUUGGCGAGCGGCGGUACGACGAGGCGCUCAAGGCGCUCGCGGCGGCCGAGCGGGUGAUCCCCAUCGCCGAGAACCCGGGGAGCUGGCGGGCCCACCCGCUCGUGGAGGGUCCGGCGCAGGGGGUCAACAUCCGUGCCAUCGAGCCCGACCUCGUGCGUGUCGUGCACCGCUUCCGGCGGCGCCGCUCGCAGCCGCGCAUCGCCGAGGCGAUCGCUGGCGGCGGCGGCGGGGCGGAGGCUGCCGGCGAGGAGGAGGGCGAGGAGACGAUCGACGAGGUCGAGCGGUGGAGGGUGUACUAUGAGUACUUUGAGGGGGCCGUCUUCCUCAACCAAGGCCGCAAGUUCGUCGUCACCUCCCUCGACCUCGGCGCCGGCGUGGCCCUCGUGGCGCCCACAGAUGUGCGCUACUACACCGCGGCGUGCGACUCGACGAGCAUCCUCGUCCAGCAGCGCCUCCCGCUCCCCGCCGCCCCGCUCGCCGCGAAGCCCGACGGCGCAGCGGCCGGGACGAGCGCGGGCGGGUGCGAGGCGCUGUUCGGGCGGGUGCGAGUGCGGCUGGCCGUGCGCGCCUACCUCAAGAUUUGGCAGACGACCGGCGAGGCCUUUGAGGAGGUGCCGCUCGCGCUGCCGCCGAAGGAGUACGACACGCGCGCCUGCUGGAUCGACCUGCAGCCGGAUGCGUGGCCGCGCCGCCGCCGCCUCGUCCUGACCGACCGGCCGUCGCGGAAGUGGGAGGAGCUUGCGAUCGAUCUCGAGGCGGGGCUGCAUGCGGCGGCCCACGCGCUGCUGGCGGUGACGCCGCUGCGGCUGAGCUGCAAGCCGGCCGACCUCGGCUGCGAGUGCGAGGCCUUCAAGGAGCGGAAGCUGCGCUCCAAGCGGCUGCUCCUCUUCGACCGCUGCGUCGGUGGGAUCGGCCUCACCGAGCGGGUGGCCACGGCGAUGCCCGAGCUCCUGCGCUCGGCGCUCGAGCUGAUGACGAGCUGCGACUGCGACGACGGCUGCUGGCUGUGCGUCCACUCGUCGGUCUGCACGGAGUACAAUGCUUGUACGAGCAAGAAGGCGGCCAUCGCCGCCGAGCCGCGUGCACCGCCGCCGGGGUCGAGCGAGGAGGCACCGUCGAUGCUGGGGCGAUCUAUCGGGAUCUUCCGCUCCAUGGCCAUGUCGCAGUCGAGGAGCAGAGGUGGUACUUAAGCCGAGUGGCAUUACGUACACGGGUGUGUGUGUCACUGUCUCAGAGGUGUCAGUUUUGAGACGGUAUAGGGGUACUCUAGCGAAUUUACACUGCGUUGAGC